AGCCAUUGGAUCAACACCAUCGCCGGGUCACAUGAGAACCGUUUGAACCGGCCUGUCAUGAAUCCUGACCCAAGAAACAGCUCCUGCUCCAAUUACCUGAACUUUCGCAGCAUCGAACAGAACUCGCUGGACAGCCCCGUCUGGUACCUGGACAUGUUUGGCUUCACGUCGAACGUCAGAUUCUGGGACCGCAAGGGGGCCUGCCUGAAGGCGUUCUUGGACUUGUCCUUUGUGAACUGGUCAAGGCUUGAGUCGGCAGGGCGCUUCACUUUGAGGCUCACGGUGACGCUCCUGGACACCGAGGGCGUGGCCCCGGACCGUUUGCUGGGGGAGAAGCUCUACAAAUAUGACGGGGAUAGAAAGGCGAUUGACGAGUGGUCGAGAGCCUUGUUGACAGUGAAACUGAAGCCAAAAGAGAUGAAAGAACUUGGUCUCCCGGUAGACUUCCACACUUUGGCUAUCAGAUACGACGCGGCAAUAGUUUAUUAACCUUUUUUAAAAAAAUAUUAUAAAAGGCUGAAUAUGUUAUUGUUAGUGCUUUCCUUUGAAAUCGAUCAGAACCAUUUUGAUAAUCGGAUUCGCACUGGUGCUGAUUCUGGCUAUGAGUGCGUAUAUAUAUAAGAAUGAGCUAGGUUCACAUAACGCCAAAAGGGAGAACUUUUUUAAGUACGUUCGGAUUCCUAAAAACAAUCAUAGUUAUGUUCUAUUAUUUUACGGAAAUCGAAUAAAUUUAAAUGUGC